CUUGUCUGUUCUGUGGUCAGACACUCGCUAGGAGAACGAUCUGUGAGCAACGAUCCGAUCCAGCAAACGAGAAGAAAAGUCACACCGAUUUUUAGAACCAACUAAGAAAACCUGAAAGAUGAUUCUAGAAAUCGCAUUUGUCAUCGUUUGUGUUACAACGAUCGCUUUCUUUGUCCACCGCGCCCAUGCGCAGAAAUCAAAGAACCUGGCCCCUGGCCCCAGGCCUUAUCCCCUGAUUGGCAACAUGCCUCGUCUGGCGGGAAAACCAGGUCACUUGGCCAUGACUGAGCUAGCUGAGGAGUAUGGGAAAAUCUAUACACUCUACCUACCCGGCGGUCAGCGGUGUGUCGUUAUCAACUCUAUUGAUCUGGCCCGAGAGGCGCUACUCACCAGGAGAGAUGAAUUUUCAGGGCGGCCUGUGACCUUUGUUGGAGACUACUUGUCCCGGGGAGGCCGUAAUAUCAUCUGCGCCGACUUCACGCAAUCAAUGAUCCUUCUGCGAAAGAUUGCACACUCAGCACUGCGCAUGUACGGAAGUGGCUUGAAGCAUCUCGAAUGUCUUAUAAGCAGCGAAGUUGAUCACAUGGCCAAACGCAUCUCUUCCCAACAGGGGAAACCUUUUGACCCAAAGAAAGAAAUUCAACUGACCAUUCUGAACGUCAUUUGUGCUGUUGUUUAUGGGGAAAGCUACGACAUUGAAGACGAAGAAUUCCUGCGGAUAAUUCAGUACAAUGAUGAUUUUAUCAGACUAUUUGGAAGCUAUAACAUCUUAGACCUGCUUCCAUGGCUGAGAUUUCUCCCACUGCAAGACAUGAAAACCCUCCGCGAGUCUCGCCAAAUCAGAGAUGACAUCCUCGGCGCAAAAUAUCAAGAACACAAAAAGAGGUUUGAAGAGGAUAGCGCAAAUAACAACUUUGAAAUCGAAGAUUUGACUGACGCGCUCCUGAAGGCCUACCACGAGGCGCAGGAAGAAGACGGAAAAGUAUCACAGUUGCUGACUGAAGAUCAUCUGGUGAUGACAAUGAAUGACGUAUUCAAUGCCGGUCUAGAGACGUCAGCAACAACACUACGAUGGCUGCUCGCUUUCAUGGUUACCUACCCAGAAAUCCAAGCACGUGUGCAUGCAGAGUUAGAUGACGUCAUUGGCAGUGGCCGCAUGCCGUGCUUGAACGAUCGUGGGAAUCUUCCAUAUUUGGAAUCCACUAUUGCAGAGGUCCUCCGCAUCAGAGCUAUAGUGCCACUUUCUCUGCCUCACAAGGCAACAUGUGAUACAACUCUCGGAGGCUACGAUGUACCUAAAGACACAAUGCUUAUUUCAAACAUAUGGGCCAUGCACCACGACAAGGAUGAAUGGCUGAAUCCCGAAGUGUUCGACCCAUCUAGGUUCUUGGACAAAGACGGAAAGCUUCUUGGCUCAGAGCGAAAAUUCUCCGCCGCUGGAGUACGCAGCUAUUUACCAUUCAGUGCUGGUAGGCGCGGUUGCCUAGGAGAAUCGCUGGCGAAGACCGAAAUGUUCUUAGUGGCGUCCAGGCUCCUACAUCAAUUCAAAUUCGAAAAUCCCGUUGGUAAACCUCUUCCAGAUCUAAGCGGGGAGGUGGGCGUUGUGUUAAUGCCAGGCCCCUUUGAAGUGUGUGCCAAGGAUAGAAUGUAAACACCGCAGAAUGAACUCAAUUAGAAUACAAUUUUCCCUGUUCCUAAAGACUCCUUUUUAAUUGCUCUGAUCACUAAUAACAUUAUGAAAAUAACAAUGAUUUUUAAAAGUACUUAGUCAAUGAAAUCAGCUAUAAACAAUUCAAACGGAAAUUACUUUUUCUAAGUAACACUACCUGAAUAUAUUUAUGAUUCCUUCCUGCGUCAGAUGGAAAAAGAAAAUCUUUUUAGGUGCAAUAGUAGAAUUUUUAAACAAAAAUGUUUUCAGUCCUCCAUGAGGCAUAGUAGUAUUUCACAUUUGGUGAAUAAUCUGAAUUAUAGAAUUGCGUUUUACUUUUUAGUAUAUUAGGUCUAGACAAAACAAUUUUUUGUUGGCUAAAAAUACAUUUAUCAAUGUUAGAUACGGCUUAAUUUACGGUGGAGCGCGAGCUCGGAAGAGAUUUUACUGGGAUCCCUGUGACUCCAUUCGUUUUCAAGAAAAUGUAGACUUUAAAGAGAAAAAAAAGGGAAAGGAUAAAGAAAAAGAGCCCAGUCUGCUCGCAGUUUUUCAAUGUUUACCAACUCCUUCGGUUUUGUUUAGUUUAAAUUGCGCAUCGUAUAUUCAACAUUUUACACCGGUAUAUAGCGUUGUUACUCAGAUCAUAGAAGUGCUAGCUAACUAAAUUACGUACUCCAAGAAAAUUCAACACAUUUUUAAAGGUUCAUAACUAAAUCACCUACUACAUAUGUACUUUAAUGUAUAUUUACCCACCAAUUGCCUGUCGGUUGCAAUGUAUAAUAACUGAAAUACAAUAAGUCAAUUCAUUUUGUA